UCUUCCCUUUGUUGGCCAGUGAUGGAUGGAGAAACUGAUGUCGGGAAUCCUCUGGAAACCUCCGCAAUCACCGGAAAUGAUGAGGAAUGAUGAGGAAUGAUGACAGCCGUAUGGAAGCAUUCCAGGCACCAGGAGGAGCCUGCCUGUCUGGACAGCACUUCCAGCCACCCUCGCUCUCUCUCUUGGCCUCGUGUUCCAACUUCCAUCCGUGACGUGUGCAGACCUGUCCCCCCUCCAUUCAGCCUGUUGGGGCGGAGAGAAAACCAAGAAUAUAGCUUGUGCAAACCUCAGAACAGGAAAUGCUUACAGAUACUGUGUAGAUGUGUAAGAGGAAUCUACAAGGAUCUUAUGCGUGGAGUGGAUGUCCAUGAUCCCCAAUGGGGUAACUUCAACAGAUGAUGUACGACGUGAUGAUACAAACGGGGGGUUCCAUAUCCUUCACCCAGACUGUAUCUACUGUAGAAUCACACUUCAAUACAGACGAUGUCUACGUGGCUUGCUGAACUUUGUCAACACAAAAACACUACACAUACACACAAUGUGAUUGAUGUCAGCUACUCCUGCAUCACCCUCCUGGACUGUGUCAAUGUAGACCACACUGCCAUAAGUGACUCACUAAUGGCCAAACUGAUGACCUGUAAUGGCCUUUCUGACAGCUAGAAGCAUUCAUCACCUUGGGUCAGCAGAAGAGACCACUGGUCUGGUGGAUAAGCAGGCCUUGGACAAGGACCAAGUCACCAAACGUCUUUAGUUAAUAGGUAGUACUGUGAGUGUUGAUUCAGUUUUCCACUAUUUGCUGGUGAACUGGUUACUUGCUAACUGAAUUAUGGGUUUGGUUGUUUUCAUGCUCAGCAUUUCUUUCCAAAAGACAAAGGAACUAAUGACAUGGAGUCAAGCAGAGGAGAUGCAAACUUACAAAACAUGAUAAGAUAUUAAGUAUAAGAUAUUUUGUUAAAGAAUAUUACAUGAGUGCCUCCCGAGUGGUGCAGCGGUCUAAGGCACUAAGGGUUCAAUCCGCGACCGAGAGACCCAUGAGGCGGCCUUUCAGGUAAAAUGACCUGAUCUUUCAGGUAACAUGUGUAUGAUUUGUGUGAUGUCUGUAACUCAACAUUAAUAUAUUCUCUGAACUGCCUAAGUGUUCUAUUGUCAUGAACCUUCAGGUAACAUUUGAUAUAGAUUUCUUGUCUAUACAUCCCAGUCACAUGGCAAGGAUGUCCUCUGGUUUUAGACUUACAGUAUUAUAUUACAUAAGACACAGGGGUUGGAGGUCGUUCUAAUACCACACUGGUUGGAGUUCAAGCAGUUCAUCAGGAUGUUGUUGCUUGUGGAUGUGUAAAGUGAGCCAUCAACGUUUGAAUGAUAUGACACAACUUCCAACCAAGUCAUUUCAAACCUUUUCUAAGUUUCCAUUGCCAACUGAACAGAAUACAUGUUCCUUGCUGUUAAACAGUGUCCAUCUAGCUCCCCAUCUUUAUAAAUUACAACUUUGAAGAAUAAAAGGCCCCAAAAAAUACACAAUGUUUAUUCUGUGCGUCAUAGUGUACGUACCGUACCAUAGCUCCUCCUCUGCUUAUAUAAACAACCAGGAAAUGCCUUUACUUUCUUUUCAAUUUCGCUGAACGUGGAGGUGGAUGUGUCAUCUCAGAACUGAACAUGUUUUUGUUUGAAGUGGGUUUUCUGGUUGCUGUUUUGCAAGUCUAUCCAACCUACGCUGUCGAGAAUCAAGCAUGUACUUCGGUGGAAAUUGAUUGUGAAAAAUUGAAGACCAGUGAUGGUAGAUACGUGUAUCUAUACAACAUUUCAGGUGUAUCUGACAUUGCGGUGUACAACAAUAGAGGGACUGCCAUUGCCAACAGUGGAGGGGACAAGCCAAUGGAAUUUGAUAAGAAUGAGGUGGUAACGAUGAACAACAGUUCAAUCACCCUCUAUAAAUGCCAACAUCUGACAAUGAACAUAAUUUACAUUGAUUCUACACAGCAGAAGACUGGAACUGAGUCUAAUGGUAAAGAUCCCUCAGUUAAGGAGAGAUGUUCCCAUUACAUUGUCACAGAGAUGAGGAAUGAGGUUGUGACAACUGCAUCUUUGAAUUCAACCAUCAUCCCAGAUGGAGACCAUCCUGAUUCAAACCGUGGUGACACUAGUUUGAUCUGGAAAAUCAUUGUUGGUGUUGUUGCUCUCGUGCUGGUCAUUGCUGGUUUGCUCUUAGUGUUUUUUUGUAUGUACAAACCUUGGAGAGACAAACAGUGCAACCAAGGCCACAGAGACGUGGAAGAGGGUCAGGGCAUUCCAGAACCAAACUCCAUUCCUCUGAUGCAGAAUGAGCAACGUGAUACCAGUGACCAAGGAGGUGAGCCAGGAGAGGAGAGCAGGCAGCCCAUGGACAAUGAAGAGACAGGCACUGACAACCCUCUGCUGAAUGGAGAUGCCAGUGGCCAAGGAGAGGAAGGUGUUCUAGGAAUGGAGGAUGGAAAGCCGCCAGACAAUGACAGAGCAGACACUGAAACCUGUCAGAAGACACAUGCUGAUUCCCAUCCACUGAAUGUACCCAAGGUUGUCAGGGUUAACAGCCAGACUGAUGACACACAGCUUCUGGGUCAACCUCAGAGCAAUGGACAUGUGCCAUAUAGAAGGGAAUCACACCUGACCAAUGGGGCUCCAGGUCAGGGUGCUGGUGAGACUUCACCCCUCCUCUGCAGCCCAGGAGAGGAAGGCGUGCUAGAAGGGCAGGACAGGAAGUCAGCAGACAGUGGGGGAACAGACCCUGAAUCCUGUCAGAAGACACAUGCUGAACCCCCUCUAGUGAAUGGACACCAAGAUGUCAGGGUUAACGAUGAGACUAAGGAAGCGACUCCUGGUGCACAGAGUUCAGGACCUCCUCAGAUGAAUGGAGGUCCUCCCAUGUCUAACAGAGCUGCAGAGGAGACCACUGCUCUAUUGGACAAACAGGCCUUGGACAAGGACCAAGUCACCAAACCUCCUGAGUUAAUAGACAAAGGACCUAAUGACAUGGAGUCAAGAGGGAGAACUGUAACAAACGGUGGACGUUUGUAUAAGAAAAGAAAACCUAACACCAUAUUAUAAGACACAGUAAUACUGUAUAUAAUAUACAUAUGAUAAGAUACACAUUUGUGACUAGCUUCAUCAUAAUCAGUCAUGUCAACCCCAAGGCACAUUCUGAAAAGUGUCUUUUACUGCUUUUCUAUAAUCUAAACAGUUUAUUAGGUUAAUUCUCUAUGCGACAGCUGUAACCUGGAUAAGUUAGGAAAUGUGUUCUAGUGAUAUCAGUUGAAAUUCCAAAACUGACCAAGACUUUUAGAUAAUAAUCAUUUAGAUAAGUUACCUACACGUUUAAUUACUAUUAUCUGAAAAUGAGUGUGCGGCAUAUGACUGAUUAUGAUACAACAAGUCACAUUUUAGCUAUACAACAUUAUAUAUCAAAUUCUGUGAAAGUAUGAUAAGAUCAUACACUAGUAUUGUAUACUAUACAUACAAGCAAUUAUAUAUAUAUAACAUACACCUGAAAAGAUGCUUAAAACGUUAACCUCUCUAGUAUAGACAUAUCCAAGGUCAUGAGGUCUCAUGUCUUGUGGAAAUGUCAAAUAGCUAAACAGUGACUAGACGUUAUUUAGAGUAGGCCUCAUUAUCACAGGGCCCAGUCUAAGAAGCUCUAUUUUACCAAAGCAAUUAUUCAUUAUUUCUGAAUUGAGAGUUAGCAUGUCAGUUAAAAUAACUUGCAUAAUUUGUCCCAUUUAACACAUGUAAUCCUACUUUCAGUAAAGAACGUUGAUGUUCCAUUUUAGACUCUAGAUGAUAUUACAUCAGACUUAAAUCACUGUAUUCAUAGGAAAUCAUAAUUGGUCAGUUCAAACAGGAAACACUUCAUAUGGAUGUUCUCUUUAUAAUGCAUUAUAGGAGCAUUAAUAACACCUUCUAUGCAUAAUGCAUCAGGAUGCACAGCAUAGGUGCUAAUAACUGCUCAUGAACAUCUAUAACUACAUAAAGCAUUAUCACCAGGAUGUGUAAUGCCUUAUGAAGAAAAGUAUUACUAUGCCAGAUGCCACAUUAGGAUCGUUAUUUUAUACAUUAUGUGCUCAUUAAGCUAAAAAGUAGUAAGUAAUUGCAAAGUUGCUAAUUAGCGAAAAUGCUAAAAUAUCCCGUGAUGAUAUUCGAACACGCAACCUUUGGGUUGUUAGACGUUCGCGUUAUAAGUCCGCCCAUCCGAAACCAAAGCAUAGAUUACUGUCUGAGCUUGUCCAUAGACUGUUUACGGGGUAAAGAAAGCAAAUGAUAUUUUGUAAUUAGGGUGAACUAUCCCUUUAACAGGAGUGCGGAACUCCUACGUGAAGUCGUUACAGUAUAGCCCUCUGACACAUUUUCCUAAAGAGUCUUUCAUGAGGUCAUACCACUUAGCUUCAUAAUCACAAGGCAUUAUGCUGCCUGCUUAAAAUGCUGAAGGAAUAUAGACAUGUAUCAGCCAUUAGUGCCAAUGUCAUGCAAUAUGAUGUAUAAUGCAUAGAUUACAAGGUGUUAUAAAUACACUUAUCACACAUUAUGAAGAGGGUAUUCAUAGGAAGUGUUACCUGCAGUUCUUGCGGAAGGAACUGUACCCCACAUCCCCACCUACUAGUGACAUUGUGAAAAAUACCACAACUUUAGACAGGAAUUGUGUAGCUAUGUUGACAUUUAUGUUCACAGUUUCAUUAGAAUAUUUAUUUCGGUCAGAGUGUCUGUCAGGUCAAAUGACUUAGGCGAAUGACAUACCCAUAUACAUUGACAUCUUAUAACCUUAGUGUCUGAAAAGGUUCAUUUUCUUCAUCUUUUGAUUAUGUUAAUUUGACUUAUUUGUAAUGUAUUUCAUGUCAUGUAUGUGGGUUGGUCCCAUACUGUUAUGAAUGGUUUUCACCUGAUGCUUUUAUGGUUAGUUACCUUACACAUGUAUUUAGUUUUAUUUAUGACUUUUUCAUGACCAAUUUACACUCAGUGUACAAAACAUUAAGAACAUGACAGACUGACCAGGUGAAUCCAGGCGAAAGCUAUGAUCUCUAAUUGAUGUCACUUGUUAAAUCCACUUCAAUCAGUGUAGGGGGAAGGAGACAGGUUAAAUACGUUUUUUUCUAAUCCUUGAGACAUGGAUUGUGUGUGGGUGCCAUUCAGAGGGUGAAUGGGCAUGACAAAAGAUUGAACUGCCUUUGAACGGGGUGUGGUAGGUGCCAGGCUCACUGGUUUGAGUGUGUCAAGAACUGCAACUCUGCUGGACUUUUCACUCUCAACAGUUUCCCAUGUGUAUCAAGAAUGGUCCACCACCCAAAGGACACCCAGCCAACUUGACACAACUCUGGAAAGCUUUGGAGUCGACAUGGGCCAGCAUCCCUGUGGAAAGCUUUCGACACCUUGUAGUGUCCAUCCCUUGACCAAUUCAGGCUGUUCUGAGGGCAAAAGCGGGUGUAACUCAAUAGUAGGAAGGUGUUCCUAAUGUUUGUACACUGUGUAUAGUACUAUGUAUUUUGACUGUUGGAUUGAUAUGAUCUGCUCAUACAUUGCCAUACAAGUGAGUGAGUUAAGACUAUUGUUUAAUGAACGACUCAGGUCUGAUGGAUACAGUUGUCCCUCAUACUCUCAUGUAUUAUUUGUAUGAACAAACCUCCACAUCAUUGUCAUAUCUACUUUUUAGGAAGGCUGUUCUGCAGAGUUUUGUGUAUGGGCACAACUUGUUUUAUUUAAUACAUGAACAUUUGAGUAAUUUAGCAGAUGCUCUUAUGCAGAGUGUCUUACAGGAGCAAUUCAAGUUUAGUGCCUUGCUCAAAGGUACCUCGACAGACCAAGUCGGCUUGGGGAUUCAAACCAGUGACUUUUCAGUGACUGGUACAACGCUUAUUAAUAUUAUGAUGAGUUGCUUUCCUUUCAUCAUUAAAACAUUCCUUUCUA